AUGCAGCCCUGGAAGAUGCUGGCAGCUGUCUUGCCAGCCAUGAAGGGCAAACCCUCCAAAAAUGGUGCCGACAUGGAGCCAUUUGGUGUCUUCCUCUGCUUUUCCGGGCAUCCCUGCCGCAGCUGGAGGCAGCCUCUGGGAACCACCAAGCUGCCUUAUGAUGUGCAGAUGGUGUUUCCGCCGGGCCCCUUGCUUUUCAUGUCGGUGGCCUCUGGGAGCUGGGCCAGCCCAGAUGUCCCUGAUCGUGACAGCUUCGCCGUGAGUGCUGCGUGGGCUCGGAAAGGCAUCGACGAGUGGAUGGGGAGGCAGCGCUGCCCCGGCGGCGGCUCCGGACCCCGACAGCUGCGGGCGGCGGGCAAUGUUGGCAGAGGAACCCGGGAGCUCGUGGGCGAAGUUUUCAGAGAAACGCUCAGCGAGGAGGAACAGGAAGACUUUCAGCUGGAAGUGGCCCUGCCUCCUGAGAAGACCGACGGGCUGGCCAGUGGAGACGAGAAGAGGACGGAGAAGCCGAGCGAAUCCUGCCCAGGCUCUCGGAAGCCGCUGAAAUUCGAGGAGCUACAGUGUGACGUGUCUGUGGAGGAGGACAGCCGGCAGGAGUGGACCUUCACCCUGUACGACUUUGACAAUGGCAAGGUCACCCGCGAGGUGAGCACCUGCCUGGCCUCCUGCCACUGGCCGCGCCCUCGGGCUCAGGAACGCCAGUCCCCCAGUUCAGAAUGUCAACAGAUGUUCCAGAUCCGAAUUUCACUGGCUCCCAUUGACGGGCACGGGAGCGGACGGCUCACCUGGCUGUUUCUUGGGGGGGACUCAGACCUGCAGGGCACCAGGCCCAGGGCGGAGACCAAGCCCGCCGAGGAGCUGCGAAGCUGGGAGAAGAAGCAGCGCGCCCCGCUCAGGUUCCAGGGUGACAGCCGCCUGGAGCAGCCUGGCUGCUACCACCAUUGCGUGGAUGAGAACAUUGAGAGGAGAAACCACUACUUAGAUCUCGCCGGGAUAGAAAACUACACGUCCCAGUUUGGGCCUGGCUCUCCGUCAGUGGCCCAGAAGUCAGAACUGCCCCCCCGCACCUCCAACCCCACUCGAUCUCGCUCCCACGAGCCAGAAGCCAUCCACGUCCCACAUCGAAAGCCCCAAGGCGCGGACCCAGGCUCCUUCCAGUUCCUUGACGCCCCCUUCGCCAAGGCCUCGGAGGUCCAGCAGCGGCUCCGGGUCACCCAGGACGGGGGCAAGCACUUUGUGAGGUCCCCCAAGGCCCAGGGCAAGAGCGUGGGUGUGGGCCAUGUGCCCAGAGGGGCAAGAAGUAAAGCCCCUCUGGGACCCACCGUCUCUGCAGUGUCCCCCUCUGCCCACCUGGCCGCCAGCCCGGCCCUCCUCCCCACUCUUGCCCCCCUCGGGCACAAGAAGCACAAGCACCGAGCCAAGGAGAGCCAGCCGGGGUGCCGGGGCCUGCAGGCGCCGCUGGCCGUGGGCAGCACCGUCGUGGGGCGGGACCACCUGAGGGAGCUGCCCGCCGUGGUGGUGUACGAGAGCCCGGCCGGCCAGGCGGUCCAGAGACACGAGCAUCACCACCACCACGAGCACCACCACCAUUACCACCACUUCUACCAG